GCUACUAUGAGCAGAAUUCGGGGGCCUUUGGAUUCUCGUGCACCGACAAGGCCCAUCUAGUAACCCAGUGGCAGUGGGCAAGACUACGCAUCCGGGUACUGGCUCAAGAACCUGGGUUGCAAAUGUGCCGUGUCGAGUAUGCAGCUUGCGUGUUUACUUACCUAGGCUUGGUAUGAAAUGAGACUUACUUUUUCAUAUAGCGUCUGCAUCUUAAGUCAGGCGGUCCUGCUAUCAAUGCCAGAACUACGCAGAUACAUACAUGUGGUUAGUGUGUGCACCGCGGAAGCUCCCCAAAUAAUCAGUGGUGUAUCCAAACUUGUAAGUUGCCUUGCAAAGUUGCCAAGCAGCAGAACUUGGAACACUCCAGUGCAAGUAGGCAACACUGAUGGUCAACCAAUUCGCCGACUCCAGCACUUCAACCCGUCUCUCUUCUCACUAAUGAUCAAAACAACCUUGGAACACCCUCCGGUCUACUUACCGAAUUAAGACUUGCUUUGCCGAGGCUGGCUCCAGCCAAACGUUCAAUCCAAAUAUCGUGAGCCAAAUGCUACCAGCAGAGUGAACAUGGAAUGCUCAA